ACAUGGGGGUAUGUGGUGUUCGCGGAAGAUGAGUACCAUUGGUCAUCAACAGAGUGCGCCGCUACUACAGAGCCUAUUACGUCACUGCGUACCCCCACCUGCCAUUAUACUGCCCGUGCUGCUUCUGCCUACUGCUCCAUGCUAGGCAUUUGUUGUCGAAGAUAUCACGGUGUCGUCGUGUAGUGCGAAGGGGUUAGGACAAGCACCGAGGUUGAUAGCAUUAUCAGACCGAGGCAUCAAGCAGUCAACAUGGCCGAGGGAGUGGCAGCAGUUUCCGGGGCGAAGAGGCUGACACCUCCCCCUCAGCCGUUGACAUCAUCCGCGGAAGAGAACGUAAACAAAACGGCUACCGCCGAACAACUAUCGGGCCUUAGCUACAAGGAACUACAGAGUGUCGCAAUGGUGAUGAACAUUCCUGCAAACCUGAAGACUGCCCGCCUCCUGGAGGUGAUCGAGGCACGCAGGGCUGGCGACGAGGCGCGCGUGGAGCAGCUGCUGAGCGAGUACCGCGAGCAGCGCCGGCUGUCCCUGGCAGGCGGCAGCGCGGCCGGCAGGCCGGCCACCAGCGGCGCCCCUGGAACCAUCAAGCGCAGGCGCGUCCAGGGGGCAGCGCGCAUGCGUGACUUCUUCUAUCCCCAGCUGACAUCAACCUCAAGAACUGAUGGCACAGGAGUAUCGUGCAGUAGGCAAAGUGGACAGGAUUGUUCUUGGUCACCUGGCAGCCAUACACAUGCAGGGCUGCACACACAUGAGACUUCUCCAGAGGUCCAGCACCAGUAUCAACAGGGGCAACAGCAAAAGUUACAGCAGCAGCCGCAGCCACAGCAAGAGCAGCAGCAAUUACAACAGGACCAAUCCUUUUUGGAGGAUGAUGGUAUCAAUAAUUCAAAACCACAGACUGCAGAUAUAUCACAAGAUACUGAGCAUGAGACCAAGCACAGUAUAAUGCAAGCAAACAUAUGGUUUCCUCAACCAGUAGAAACAAAGAUGUCACCUGAUUCUGGUUUCAUGUCACCUUCACCAUUCAGUAGUGAUGAAGAAUCGGCAAACCACUAUUGGAAUGCGACUAUCAUGUCACCAGCACUACUGGGGCCAGUGUAUUCUCAAGCAAGAAUGCAGUCAUCUAUCUUCCAUCAACCUCUGCCGCCUUCUACACAAAUGCCACCUGAAGAACGAACAUACGUGAGGCCUUUGGAAAUGCUUUGGAAUCUUCACAAUGACAUGCAGACAGCUGGUGCAUCAGCAUUAACAUUUUCUAGCUACUGUUACAGAAGACCCAUCAGCUCAGUUGUGGUCAGUGCAGAUAGUGACAGAAAGCCUUUGUCACAGCCAUCUCUUCAUUUUCCAAUUGCUAACCAGCCACCACAAUCUCAGUGCUACAUAUCAACAGGAGGAAGUCAUAAAUUUGUUGAAUCGCCACCAAAUUUCCGACAAAAUGACCAGAUAUCCUAUCCACUGAUCUACAACUAUCUUGCUUCCACCGAAGAGCAGCUUUAUCAGAACCAUCUGCAUCAACUGAAUCAACAGUACCAGUCAUAUCAUUCACAACAAAAUCUUCAUGUGCAAUUACCUGUGGCUGAUGCUUCAACUCCGCCACCACCUCCACCGCCACUGCCACCACUCUCUGCCACUGGAGAGCAGCAGUGGAAUGUUCAAGGCCAUGAGAAAGUUGGUCAGUGGACACCGCCAGAUACUGCAAGUGCACCAUUAGAGCAAGAGAUGCCACAAUUAAUGGGUGACCUUACACUGGCACUUAUGAACACCGUUCCUUCAGAGCUACCAACAACAUCAAGUGAUACUAUUACGCCUCCUGCUGAGAAAUUGUCUGCAUCUCAACCUUCUUGCAUUCCUGCUGUUGCCACGUGUACCACACAAGCAGUGGAAGGUACAAAAGGAAAGAAUCGGGGGAGAACAGCUCCAUUGUCAGUAGCUAGUGGAGCAGAGGAUGCUAGAUCUACUUUUCAGGAAGAUUCGCUUCACUGUGUGAGCUGUCCACAGCAAGAAUGCAACUGGACUGGGAGGCUUCGUAGUUUAGCAUCUCAUCUUCGCCAAAGACACGCAGAGGCCAUCAUGUCAGCUACGGAGACAAGCCACACAGUGACUGUAGCUGAACUGCAAGCUCAGCAGCAUGUAUAUUUCCUACAGGAGGCUGGGCGCCGUCUUUUCAUUGUGGCAGCACAUUUCCAUGGAGUAAUCAUGUAUAUCACUGUACAGUCAAUUCCAUCUGGCCGCGCAGGUGUAGCCAGAGGAGCCUUAGAAGUUGUGGCCAGUGAUGGCAAACCUCGAUCGUGGAGGGGCAGAAUUAGAGGAUACCAUGAACCCUUAUCUUUGCUGUGGGCUCGCAAACACUGCCUCACUGUUGAUCCUGCUGCACUUGGAUCGUCAUCCUCCAUCACACUGUAUUGUUCAAUUUCACUUCAUGCCCCUAUGGUGUUGCCAGUUACACAUAAAAAUGUGGAACAAGAAGAAGAUGACACCUUCGCACAACAGCAGAAUCUCAAUAAGAAGCAACAAGAAACAGCAAAGGAAAGGAAAUAGCAACAACAAUAGCAAACUGACACUAUCCUAGGUGCUGGUUGCAUUUUGAAUUUUCUUGGUAUCUUUAUGCACGACUGCAGUCAUAAUCCUGGUGUACUGCAAUAUUAUUUUAUACUGGGUACCAGACAAGCAAAAUCACAGGAAGUUAUCCUGACACUGAAGUUCAUUAGCUCAUUUGUUGCAAACAGCUUAUUUCCUGAGGCUAAAGUGUCUCGUGAACAAAGAGAAUUAGUUCUCUUGUUUGAACGCAUCAGUCAUGUUAUAUUUUUGCUAACAAUUCCUUAACAGCAUAAUUUGUCAUGUAGUGUUUAUAUUGUCUCAUUUCAUUUACGAGUCUUUAAUCAUUGGUUGUUAUACUUGUGUAAUAGCUAAAAUUAUCUAAUAGUAGGUCUUGACAUAUAAUUAUGUCUUAUUAAUAACUAUAGAAAAGCCAUUUUGCAGUUAAUUAUAUAGCCAAUAUUUUUGGACAAAUAUUUACUAAACCUUUCAUUUUGUCUUACUCUUGAUGAAAAUUAUUACUUAUUUUUGAUAAUGGUUGUUUCGAGGUCCCAUUUUCAGACAGACAAGUGAACAGGAAAUAUUUCUUUGCAGUAGAAACAAAUAAAACACACAUACACUUUACUCAGAUAAUUAUUAAAUAUGAAAAUGUACCAGAUUUGUUCAUCUGGAUAUGUAAGAAUUCAGUCUUCCUUUAGUUUUUGUAGCCAUUUAUGAGCUCUGAUCGGUUGUGUUAUUUGCAUAAAUUUGCUUUUAGGGUAAAUAUACGAGUUUUCAUUUUCGUAAUUACUGUAUUUCAUUUAUUAAUGAAAUAAACUUGCAGAUCAUAAAAGAACAUACAAAAAAUCUCCCUGUUUUGACAAUGGUCAUCUUCAUGAUGCUGCAUUGUGUGGUUCUCAUUGAAUUUACAUCAUAUCCCAUUAAAGUGUGGAGUUGUUACGCUUUACACACACAAUUUUAAAAACUUUCUAUUAGAAUUUAUAUUUAUGUAGCAUGUUUUUUCACUGACAAUCUUUUAUAAAUUACAUUUAACUUACUAAUUG